GUUUUCCUACAUUUCCCAACGUGCAUUGCGAUUUCGUAACGACUUUUGACCUCUGGAUAAAAACAAGCCGAUCAGCUGAUGUAAACUAGCAACAACAUCUACAGGGACCUGCCACAAAACAGCCCAGCUAAGUUUUCAAGUAACGCUAUCGGUGGUGGUGCGGGGUGCGGCUUUACACAGACUAUAUGUCCAGCUACAGAUUAUGGCUUAGCGUUUUGUUGAAGCGGCAUUUUUACAUUAAGAAAUAAAGCACCGUCCGUCGAACUGCUAGCCACUUACUGGGUCAGUUUUAAUGAAGGCUGUUGUUUGUCAGCACUGUGUCUCUCUGUGUAAUGAUUGAUAAUUGAGGUGUUAUCCCGUUUCUGGUCGUGUUAAGGCAUAAUGACGAGCUCGACAGGGUACUUUUAACUCACAUGUUGACGUCGUCAUUUGAACUGUAACAAUAAGACAGCACAAGAGAUGCCGGACAACUAAACGGGAGCUAGCGUGCUGUUUUGGUAACGCAUAAAGUAAAUAAAUGUCUGGACUGCUGCCUGGAGCGUCUUGCUGCACUAACGUUACACACUGAGUAUGGUAAUUACAGCUCAGGCACAUCCCAUCACAAAGUGCUUAGCUGGACAUUUCACAAUAGUCUUGACAGUACUGCAAAGCUUUUAAUUGGUUGUUUUUGUUUGUGUCGGCAUUCAUUAUAAAAUAGCUAUUACAUUUGACCAUAGGGAGCUACUAAACUGUGCCAUAACCUAGUUUCUUGCACUGUUUUCCUAUUGCACUCCUAGUCUUAAGAAGUACUCAUAGCCACAGUUGCAACUUGUAAUCAGUGGCCUGUCUGGUUUGAGAUGAGCAGUCAAGGUCCAUCUGUAGAUAAAGGGAUGAACACGGUGCUAGUGUGUCAGGAGAGCUAUGCCUGUGGGGGCUCAGAUGAGGCUGCGUUUGAAUGUGAUGAGUGUGGCAGCUUGCAGUGUGUCCGCUGUGAACUGGAGCUCCAUCGCCAGGAGCGCAUGAGGAACCACGACCGGGUCCGGAUCGCCCCGGGUCAUGUUCCUUUCUGCGACUCCUGUAAAGGCGACAGUGGCUGCCCUGUCAAUGGCGGCCGGCUGAGAGCCGUGGUGCGCUGCCAGGGAUGUAAGAUCAACCUGUGUUUGGACUGCCAGAAGCGCACCCACAGCGGAGUGAAUAAGAGAAAGCAUCCUCUGACCCCUUACCCUCAAGCCAAAGUGUCCCAGGACAGCAGUGUGGCAGCUGGGGAGAUGGAGAUGGAGGCCCUGAAAGCCAAGCUGGAGAAGGUGUGCAGCUUCCUUUUGGUGGAUGAGAAGGAGGAGAUGCAGGUGAGUGAUGAGGAGGACUUUGUGAGCAGGCUGGGCUGUGGGCCAGAUGAGCUCCUCAAGGUGAUCUCCAUCUUUGGGAACACUGGCGAGGGCAAGUCCCACACCCUCAACCACACGUUUUUCCUCGGGCGAGAGGUGUUCAAAACCUCCCCCACCCAGGAGUCCUGCACAGUGGGCGUGUGGGCAGCUAUGGACCCUGCACACCGAGUGGUGGUCAUCGAUACAGAGGGUCUGCUGGGGGCAGGGGCUAACCAGGGUCAGCGAACCCGGCUGCUCCUUAAGGUCCUGGCCAUCUCUGAUCUGGUCAUCUAUCGAACUCACGCCGACCGUCUCCAUGACGACCUCUUCAAGUUCCUUGGUGACGCGUCAGAUGCCUACUUGAAGCACUUCAGCAGGGAGCUGAAGGCGACCACGGCCCGUUGUGGCCUGGAUGUCCCAUUGUCCACUCUGGGCCCUGCAGUGAUCAUCUUCCAUGAGACGGUCCACACCAAGCUGCUAGGAUCAGAUAAACCAUCUGAGUCAGCCGAGCGUCUGCUGCAGGAGCGUUUCAGGAAGUUGGGUCUGUUCCCAGAAGCGUUCAGCUCCAUCCAGUACCGUGGAACUCGGACCUACAACCCUCCAACGGACUUCAGCGGUCUGCUGCGCAGCCUGGAGCAGCAGCUGGAUAACAACACCACCCGCUCACCACGCUCUGCCAGUGUCAUCUACAAGGCUCUGCAGGCCUUGAGUGAGCGCUUCAGUGGAGAGAUUCCAGAUGAGCACUUGACCAGUAACUCUUUCUUCCCAGAUGAGUACUUUACCUGCUCCAGCAUCUGCCUCAGCUGUGGGUCAGGCUGCAAGAGGAGCAUGAAUCACCUAAAAGAAGGGCUUGAUCAUGAAGCCAAACAUCGCUGCCGCUACUCCGCACAAUAUGACAACCGCAUUUACACCUGCAAGGCUUGCUAUGAGGGAGGGAAGGAGGUAAUCGUGGUUCCCAAGACGACAGCCUCAUCUGACUCUCCUUGGUUUGGUCUGGCCAUCUACGCCUGGUCUGGGUAUGUAAUUGAGUGCCCCAACUGCGCAGUGAUCUACAGAAGCAGGCAGUACUGGUAUGGGAAUCAGGACCCAGUGGACACGGUGGUCAGAACUGAGAUCCAACACAUCUGGCCCGGGUCUGAUGGUUUUCUGAAAGACAACAACAAUGCGGCCCAGAGGCUGCUGGAUGGAGUCAACUACAUUUCACAGUCAGUGACUGAGCUCAGCGUCAAGCCUGCUAAAGCAGUCACCUCCUGGCUAACUGACCAGAUUGCCCCAGCCUACUGGAAACCCAACUCCGCUAUCCUGAAAUGCCAUAAAUGUGAGGAGGAGUUCCAGGCCAAUGACACGAAGCACCACUGCCGUGCCUGUGGAGAGGGCUUUUGUGAUGCCUGCUCCUCCAAGACCCGUCCCGUCCCGGAGAGGGGCUGGGGUCUGGCCCCCGUCAGAGUCUGCGAUGCAUGUUUCCACAACCGGGGAAUCCCUACUGAGCUGUUGGAUGCUGCCUUGGAGGAGGAGGAGGGAGGCACCCUGAUAGCCAGGAAGGUUGGGGAGGCUGUCCAGAACACUCUAGGAGCUGUAGUCGGUGCCAUCGACAUCCCUCUUGGCUUGGUAAAGGAUGCAGCCCGCCCAGCCUACUGGAUCCCAGAUCAGGACAUCCACUCCUGCUGCGACUGCCAGAGGGAGUUCUGCCCCCGUCUCUCCAUCCACCACUGUCGCGCCUGCGGUCAGGGCGUGUGCAACGAUUGCUCCGGCGGGCGGCGCGCCGUGCCCUCUCGAGGCUGGGACCACCCGGUGAGGAUCUGCAACAGCUGCAACCAGAAACCUGGGGAGCUCUAGCAGGAUGCGGGUCAGCGGGGAUCACAGUGGGACAGUCCAGGAAACAAGCUUUGACAGGAAUUGGAAUUGACACCAUUUUUCCCCACCCUUACCUCUCAGUCAAGUGCUUCAGUCCAGUGUUUUGAUUUGUAUUUCCUGACUGCCUGUGGUGGGUUGAACUUUUUUGACACGUCCUCACAUGUCACCGAGUCCCUUUAUGCUAUUUCACUUUAAGACACCUAUAUUUUAAGACUGUGAAGAACACCAGUCAGAAUGAAUCAGAUAAAUCCAGAGGGAAGGAGAGCUAAGAAUGGUGUAAUGGGAGUGAGUACCGUACGUGCUUGAUUACAAUUGCGCCUACGUUCAUUUUGAUGUACCCCUUUGAUCCUGUCAAAUCUGUUUGUAUUGAUGCACAACAAACCAGAACCCCUUUGACAAUCCGUCCCAAUGUGACACACUAGUACUAUAAGCACCUUUUGUAGUCUGGGGCUGUAUGCCUAAAGCUUCUAAUAAUACAAGUACUGACUGAGCAUCAUAUACUGAUCUCAAGGAAGCGCCUUUAUUUGAUUCUUUAUGCAUGAGGGUCUAGAUAUUUAGAAACGGCUUGGAAAAAGAUGGAAAACUUGCAAAACGAUCCACCACAAUUCAUUUUGAUCCAUUUUUUCAUGGAUUUGCAGUCGUUUUCCUCUGCUUCAGCCCUGCCAGCUUUAGCUUUCCUGUCACCGUCUCUGAUUUCAAGAGGAUGAAAAGAAUCUGAAGUCACGGAUGUACUGUAGCACCAAGAUGCAUUCCAUGUUACAUAACUUAAUAGUAAUAACUACAUACAUACUCCCUUGACCCCUUGUGGCUGUAUGUGCAUUUGAAGGGGCAGAUGUUGAUAGAAUAGCCUUAAUAAUGCUGUCCAAUAUUUACUGUUUAAUUUUAUAUAGAGUAUACAUGGAGGAAAGUUUACUAUGAUAGGGAAAAUAAUUUUUAAAUGACCUUUUUUUUUUGUUUUUAAAAUGUCACUACUACUAUCCAUGAGACAUAAUCUGACUGCAAUGGAAUGAAAUGCAACAGUAUCUGCAUUUAAUGCGUGGCUGGCUCACAGCAGUAAUAUGGUACAGACAAGACUCAAAAACAUCUUUGAGGCUGGCUCCUCAAAACAGGAGAUAAUUAGGAGAUAAUCCGUACUCUGUCAACUCAGGCUGUGUGGCUCGCUAGCUAGGAUCACUUGAACUGCAGCGCCAAGUCGGUGAUGUUCCAGGUUGCCUUUAUUGCAUCAAGACUGUGCAGAAUAACUGAUAGUUGCAUCGUGCCACGUAAUUGACUUGACAAUUAUCUGAUUAAUAUAUCAUAGUGUUCAGGUGGGCUUUGUACUGAAAACUUAUCCAGGGCAUUGUGAGAUCUGACAGCAGCGAAGGCAACCAGGUAUUUUGCUAUGAAACUGACUGAGAGAGUUAAUGUAAUCAGGAUGUAAACACAUAAGCUGGAAUAACGGUUUGAACUGAACUAUCUCAUCACUGUUUGAAUUGCAGAGAGAGUAAUGCUAAAAAUGCAUAUAUCAGAAUGAAGAGAUCAAUACCUUUAUGUUAAUGUAUGCUCAUGUAAUAAACUGCAGAAACGCAA